CACCCACUAACAGAAAGGGUCCAUGGAGGCAGCCCCACCAACCCGGUGCUGUAAUAUGCUGUACGUUCCGUAUUCGUACCUCCGUCGUGUCCCAGCUUCAUCACCACACCCAACAACAACGACAGCCCCUUGACGCCACCUUUCCCACAAUGCCCCGAGUCCCGACAACCGCGGCCGUCUUCCCAGGCGCCAACGUCAACAUAGUACUAAAAGCCGACCAACCCACGGGCCGUACCGUAUCCGGGACCGUCGCUGAAGUGCUCACCCGCGGGAACCACCCAAGGGGAAUUAAGGUGCGACUCGUUGACAAUAGAGUUGGAAGAGUACAAAGUAUCGCAGGCGCGUCUGUCACGACCACCGACGCGGCAAAUAUUGAGUCUGAGGCUUUGCCGGAUGAACCUCAAAGUACGAAUACACGCGGUAACCCCCGAGCGAGACGGGUCCGCGACGGACCAGUGGAUGUAAGGGGGGAGGAGCAGCCGUUGGCGACGAUUGGACUGGAUGCAGGUAAUGCCGGUGACGAUGAUGGGGUGGAUAGUCACUCGGGAGGGAUCGAGAGCCAGCCACAACAGGAGCAGGAAGUCUCGACGUGCCCCGUCUGCUCUGACUUUAACGGCGACGUGGCAGCCUUGACGUACCACGUGCAGUCACAUUUUGAUUGA